AUGGCCCCCACCAUUCACCUCGUCCGCCAUGCUCAGGGCUUCCACAACCUCAGCGUCGAAAACGAAACCAUGCACGACCCGGACCUCACGCCCCUCGGCGAGCAGCAGUGCCUGGACCUGCGCUCCGAAUUUCCGCAUCACGCCCUCGUCGCGCACCUCGUCGCCUCUCCCAUGCGCCGCACGCUCUGGACCUGCAUCCGCGCCUUUGGCGACGGGCCGGCGGCGCCGUACCCCAUCAUUGCGCUCGACACUUUGCAGGAGCUGUCGGACAUGCCCUCGGACACGGGCUCUCCGGUCGCGGCGCUGGCGGGCGAGUUUGGGAGCAAGGUGGAUCUGUCGCGGGUCCGUGACGGGCUGUGGACGGAUAAGCUCGGCGACACGCCGUUUGAGCCGACAAAGGACAAGAUUGAGGCGCGAGCGCGCGAGGCGAGACGGACGCUGCGCGAUAUUGCCGGCUUGCAGACGGAUAAGCAUAUUGUGGUGGUGUCGCACGGCGCGUUUCUGCACUUUUUGACGGAUGAGUAUCAGGAUAUUCCCAGCGGAAACGCUACGAGUUGGAAAAACUGCGAGUACCGCUCGUAUCAGUUUGUCGACGCCACGGGCGCCGACGACGGCGCCGCCAUUAUCGAGACGGACGAGAGCUGGCACCGUCGCCGUGGCGACAAGCCUCGCCUGUCCCAGCACGACCUGGAUGAGUUGCGCGUGGUUUCUCAAGGCCGCAUUGUGCCUCAUCUCAAGUCCAGCGCGCGCUUGUAA